GGUGGCCCCUCCCCCUGGCCUUCCUCUGAUUGGUUCCUCCUUUGUUUGAGGAGGUGGACCAGCUGGGUGUGAGAGCCUUUAAAAACACCAGAGUAAUGAGUGUUUCUUAGUUCCAAAGAGGACUGAGAAGACAAAAAAGAAUAACAGAUAACAGUGGGGCUAGCACCAUGGCGCUCUGGAGCUUUGGGGCCCUGUGCCUGUCAGCUCUGCCCGGGCUGCUGUUGGCGGGGUCCAUUUUCGUGGAGGGGGAGAGAGACCGUUCCAACAUAUGCAAGCCCGCGCCCCGCUGGAAGAUCGGCGAGGAGGCCCCCAUGGAGGCGCUGCUGGGGAAGGUGGCGGUGGUGGCCCUGUUGAAAGCCAGCUGACAUUUCUGUCUCACGCAGGCCUCCCAUUUGGGAGGCCUGCGUGACAAGCUUGACCAGAGCGGGCUGAAGGACGUGGCCUUCCUCGUUGUCAACGAGCUGGAGGUCAACUCCAGGGCCAUGUUCUGGGAGCUGAAGAGGAGGGUGGCGAAGGGCAUCCCCGUGUACCAGCAGUCCCCUCUGCAGGACGACGUCUGGGCAGCCCUGCGGGCAGACAAGGACGACUUUCUGGUGUACGACAGAUGUGGGCGUCUGACCUUCCACAUUGUCCUGCCGUACAGCUUCCUCCAUUACCCCUUUAUUGAGGCGGCUAUAAGGGCCACCUACAACAAGGACAUCUGUGGAAACUGUUCAGUGGACUCUAACUCCAUGCUCUCUGCGCAAUGGAACAACACCCAGUACAAUGACACUGGGCUCGUGGCUUCAAAUGGCAACAAGACGGACUCCAACCCCAUCAACGGGGCAACAGGGGGGCCAGACAAGAUGCCCCAGCCAGAGGGGGGCACCAUACACACCCAACACAUGCAUAACACCCGUCAGUCCAGCACCCAACAUCACCACCACGGUCACCACAGUGGCCACAUGCACCACGUGGACCAUGGGAGCCCCCAGCAUAACCACGGCGAUCAUAACCACGGCGAUCAUCACCAUGACCACAGCGGUCACUAAAAGCGGAGAAACCCCACGGCGGUGCUUUGUUCGGGUGCUCUAUCUGUCCCCCUUCGGCACCCAGACGUCCCGUCAAAUAGGACCGGGGGAACCUCUCCAGCACCCUGAAGCAUUGUGUAAUUCUGCGAGCGUUCCGAAGACGAAGACAGGUUGAGCAGCCAGUUCUUGUCAGGAAACAUUCUUGUGUGCUCACGUGUUCUGAGGCUGCGCUCUUUCUCGUGUUGCCGGGCUGCUCCUCUGCUUACAGCAGCAUUGUUAGUCUUCCUUUUAGUUCGCAUUAUUGAUGGAUGCUACGUGUUGAUACACAUCUCUUGCUUGUACGUGUAAAACCAGACAAUGACAUCAAGGAUUUUUUCAAGACUCAGGUAGAUGUUAACCAUCUGUGUGUGUGUGUGUGUGUGUGUGUGUGUGUAAUGCUGUCUUUGUUCAACAUUAGUUUUAACACAAUUGUGACUUUUUAUGUUGUUGCUCUAAACCUAAAACUUUGAUGGACUGGAAUUUGGGAUACAUUAGUUGGGAAUUCAUCAGUGAAUCACUUGUGAUCAUUUUCUGUGCAUGAAUGCAGGUUAUUCUCAGUGUCUAGUCUCAUUCGCGCUCGUUAAAUGAGCACUUUACUGCAACUUUGCGUGUUUAGUUUAUUUUCAUGUGAAUGGUCUCAUUCCGUUGCACUUAAUGAAAUCUGCAGUUUAAACCACUAUGCUGGGGCUGCAGAAGGAUGCUGUGCAGGACAUAGAGUCUCAUUUAAUGGGAUAAACCAAUCGCACAGUUGUGAAAAGUGAAUUGGAAAUGUAUUUGAUUAUAUACUGUCUAAAUAUAUAUCUUAUAUCUUAUCUUAUAAAUGUUUGUGGUUCAAGUUUGACAUUGCUUUCAGUAAAAUGGUCACUUGUUUUUGGAACAUUUCUCAGCAAAUACCUUUGCAAAUGGUACCCUACGUCCUUGUCAUGAUGUCAAUACAAUAAAAUGAUGAUAUAUUGUCUUGUAAA